AUGGCCAGCUACAGUGAUUUCGGUAUUUCGUUUGAUAUGGUUGGGAAGGCGGGAGCAAGCGGCGAGGAGCAGGUGAGUUUCACCGAUAAGUUUAAGCAAGUAGGGAAGCGGAAUCAAUUGCAUAUCAACGCGAUAAGAAGGGCCAAGGAAAGGAGUCGCUCUGCCUCUUUAGAAGGCCAACUGCUCGACUCUAUAGCGGAGCACAGCAACUCCAACCGUUCGAGUGGCAGUGGCAGACAGGGUGAGAAUAACGAAGGAGCCUCUAGCGAGGCGCGGGAGUCAGGGGAAAGCGGAAAAGGUACUGGGUUAGAGGAGAUUUGUGACGCAGAUCCUCUAGAGGAUGAUGGUUCUGUGGACAUGGCGAGCUACAGUGAUUAUGGCUUAUCGUUUGAUAUGGUUGGGAAGGCGGGGGCAAGCGGUGGGGAGCAGGUGGGAUUCACAGAUAAGUUCAGGCAAGUGGGGAAGCGUAAUCAGAUGCAUAUCAACGCGUUUCGGAGGGACAAGGGCAGGGACAGGCACGGCAGUGACUCGAUAGUGGGUGGGUUGGAUGACUCUAUAACGGUACAAUCCGGUUUCAAGGUUGGUGGAGGGGGUGAGGGAGAAGGCGGAAAUACGAUUUGGGGAAAUCGGGGUUCCAGUGAAGCUGUUAGCAUGGCUACUGGUGAAGGCAUGGCUAAUGGCAGCAGGGGAGGCAGUGCUUGUGCUGGUACUACUGAGAGUGACAGUAUCGAACGAAGGCUUGAAGCGAAUGGUGCAGCAGUGGCAGGGGAAGGCACGGUUGACAAGGCUGGGGAGCAGCAGGCUGGUCAGGGGGUUGCUGGGGGAAGCGCUGUGGGAGGCAGUAAUGGUGGCGUUGGGGGAGGCGGUGAUGGUGGCGUUGGGGGAGGCAGUGAUGGUGGCGUUGGGGGAGGCAGUGAUGGUGGCGUUGGGGGAGGCGGUGACAGUGGCGUUGGGGGAGGCGGUGAUGGUGUUGGGUGGUCCCAGGAAGGGCAUGCUGAGCCGUUGGCAUCCGCCUCGUUCCGAACCGCAGCCGACUCCCUCCCCUGCACGGAAGCAUCUGCCUCCCUUGCUUGUACCGACGCACUCACGUCCCUUCCCCGCACAGAAGCAUCUGCCUCCCUUGCUUGUACAGACGCAGUCACGUCCCUUCCCCGCACAGAAGCAUCUGCAGAGUCGCUUUCUGAAAGCCUGCUGGCGUCGGCGACUCUCCCCCCGGCCCUGCUAGCAGUGCUGGCCAAUAGGGGAGACGCUAGCUCGGGAUUCCACAGGCCUCAGGCCGCUUUACCCUCUUUUGGCGCUUCAACAUCGCUUGAAUCAACUGGAGAUUCGGCCUCAGGGGAGUUGAGGGGUGAAGCUCCAGCUCAGCAUACACGCGCUUUUGAGUCACCGCCAGGUCAGCAGCCGCGCCGUCUGUCUGUCCCCUGCCGCCCGGCCUCGGCCGCCAGGUGGCGUGCCACGUGUGGCCUGCCGUCUCGCGCGGCCAUCGAGAGAGAUGCUGAGCUGGCUGCCAGGCUGGCAGAAAUCCGAGCUGGAUAUGCUGGGCGGUGGGUGGGAGAGGAUAAGAUCGAGCGGGAGGGCUCGGGGGUUCAUACGAGCAGCAGCCGCAGCUUGGGAAGCAGUACUUGUGACAGUAUGGCGAGUGACUGUAGGAGGAGGGAAGGGUUCGGGUCACAACAAGGUGCCUCAGUGCACUCACCCGAGCACAAAGCACAGCACUCACCACCACAGCAGCACUUGUUACAGCACCCGCAGCAACACUCACCAGUGCAAGGUACACAAUCUCAGGAGGACGCAAGGCCUAUGCAAGACCUAGUGCAGGCUUUCGAGACGUCUGAAAAGGCCAACUGUGAGGAUGGGUUACCGAGUCAGGUACACAGUCAGCAGGAGAGUCAGGCUGGGGAAGCAGAGAGGGGACAAGGGGUGAUGGAGGAGAGGGUGGGGUUGGUGGAGGGAGGGGGAGAGGGAGGAGUGUUGGUGGAGGGAGGGGGAGAGGGAGGAGUGUUGGAGGGAGGGGGAGAGGGAGAAGUGUUGGUGGAGGAAGUGGCAGUUACUCUGGAGCGGAUUGAAGCAGCUUUCAGCCGAUUCAGCAGCCUUGUAGACUCGAGUGAGCGAGGAGUGGGAGAAGGGGAGGGGGUGAGAGAUGGGGAAGGAGUGAGCGAAGAGGGGGAAGGAGUGGGGGGAGAAGGGGACGGAGUGAGUGGAGAAGGGAAAGUAGAGGGAGGAGAAGGGGAAGGAGUGGUAGGAGAAGGGAAAGGAGUGGGAGGAGAAGUGAAAGGAAAGGGAGAAGGAAAGGAGGGAGGAGAGGGUGAGGAGGAAGGAGUGAGAACAGAGGGAGGGGAGGAAGAGGAAGGGGGAAAGGGAGGAGAGGGAGGGGAGGAGGGGAAGGAAGAGGAAGGGGAAAAGGGAGGAGAAGGAGGGGAGGGAGGGGAGGAGGUGGCGGUGGCAGUGGGCAGGAUAGAGGAGGCAUUCAACCGACUCAGCAGCCAUGUUGACGAGCUUGCGGCGCUCAAGGCACAGCAGGCUGCUGCUGCUGCUGCCGCUGCUGCUGCUGCGGCUGCUGCUGCUGCUGCCAGUGCUGGCAGUGCUACUGUUUCUAGUGUUGCUGCUGCUGCUACUGUGGGGGAUGCGGUUGUCCCUGCUGCUAAUGGCAGUGCAGUGAAGAGGGUGUAUAGUAUUCGCGUGAAGCCAGCCCACAUGCACGCUGCUGUGAGAGCAGCAGUGCGGGCGGUGCAGGCUGUACCAUGGGGGCAGCUGCCAAUCUCCACCGUUGGUGCUGAAAAUGCUGCUCGUGAUUCAAAUGCACCUGCUGCAUCCAACGGACCAGAUGAAUCUGCAGCUUUCGAAGGCCCAGAUGCCCCGGCUGUGUUGCCAGAUCCAGAUUUCCCACCUCAUAGGGUAACAGGUGAUGGCCAUGUGGGGUAUGACCCAGUACCGCUCUCAACCGUUGGGUUUCCUGCAGAAUCCUCGCUUUGCUCCGACGAAGAUGUGCUGGCAGCAGCGGCGCUGGUGGAGGCAGCCAUUGGGAGUUUUGUCGCAGAUUCCAGGGUAAUUUACCCUCGCGAAACAGGGACUACUCGGGCAGGACCGCGCGAAAAGGAUCACGGCAGGGAAGAGGGAGAGAGAGGGGCGGGUGGGGGGGCAGAAGCAGGGGCAGCGGGGGCGGGAAGUGGGUUGAUUCGAGCACCAGCGAAAGUGGUGGCGGAGGGAGGGGUAGGGCCAGGGAUGAUUGUGAGGAAAAAAGCAGGUCAAGCGCCUCGCAUGUGGGCUGUCCCUACCAUGGACUUAGAAUCCGCUCUAGAGGCUGCUAUGGGAGCGGCUGAUAGGGUGGAGAAGGGCGGUUGUUGUGAGUCGGAAGCAUGCAGGUCAACACAGGACAGCAACGGGAUGGGUCAGAGGAAAGAUGGAAGGGAGCAGGUCCAGACUAUGAGUCUGAAUUCGGCCCCAGAGGCGGCUGUGGGGGUGGCUGAUAGGGUGGAGCAGGGGGGGUGUGACGUGAUGGUUCAGAGGAGGGGAGAGAGGGAGCAGGGCGGUUGUGACAUGAUGACUAUGAGUCUGGAUUCGGCCCGUCGCAAGUGGGGUUUGCCUAGCAUGGACCUGGAAUCGGCUCUAGAGGCGGCUGUGGGGUUGGCUGAUAGGGCGGGUGUUAAAACGAACCAGGGGCAUGCUAUAACGCGUAUGGAGGUGGACAGGUGUGAGAUGGAGCAUGAUGGUGUUGCCUCAGCUGGGGUUGCGAGUGGAGGAGUGGGAGAGGGAGAGGGAGAGGGAGCAGAGGUGGGAGAGAGUGUGGGUAGGGUGGGAUCGUUUGCUUUCAAUGUUGGGGUGGAAGCAAGACGUGACGCGGGUGUCAGCAGCACUGCUGCUGCUGGUGGUGGUGGUGGUGCUGCUGCUGCUGCUGCUGCUGAUGUUGGAAGCAAGCCUGAGGGAGCAGUACAGAGACAGUAG